ACCUCGCCGAGUUUCUUCCCUACAUAUGUCUCUCCGGUCUUUUGGUUUCCUUCGUUGACUUCGCUAAAGUAUGCAGCAGUGAUGGAGAACCGUUCAAUAUCUAAGAAGCGGAAGUUUGUAGGCGACGGUGUCUUCAGAGCCGAGCUCAACGAGUUCUUGACUCGCGAGCUCGCCGAAGAUGGCUAUUCGGGCGUGGAGGUCCGCGUGACGCCGAAUCGAACCGAGAUCAUUUUGCUGGCCACCCACACGCAGAGCGUGCUCGGCGAGAAGGGCCGCAGGAUCAGGGAGCUGACGUCCGUGGUGCAGAAGCGUUUCAACUUCAAGGAGCCGCAGAAUGUCGAGUUGUACGCCGAGAAAGUGGCCACGCGUGGCUUGUGCGCCAUCGCGCAGGCAGAGUCCCUUCGUUACAAGCUGAUUGGAGGUCUCGCUGUACGAAGGGCGUGCUAUGGCGUUCUGCGCUUCAUCAUGGAAUCUGGCGCGAAAGGCUGCGAGGUCGUCGUCAGCGGCAAAUUACGUGGUCAGAGAGCGAAGUCGAUGAAGUUCGUGGACGGUCUCAUGAUCCACUCGGGUGAGCCGACCAACGAGUACGUGAACACUGCCACCCGGCAUGUACUGCUGCGGCAAGGCGUAUUGGGAAUCAAAGUCAAGAUUAUGCUACCGUGGGAUCCCAAUGGCAAGAGCGGCCCGAAGAAGCCUCUUCCUGACUACGUGUCGAUUGUGGAACCGAAAGAAGAGAUUCCGCCAUCGGUUCCGAUGUCCGAGGUGAAACCAUCAAAAGACUUACCUCAACCUGCUCCUAUCGCCGUAUAACAAUUAAUUUGAAUGCAUUUUUAUAUGCAUUUAAAAAAUAAAUUUAAAAAAUGAGA